CGGUUCACUCUUAAAGGUAAGGGAGGGCCGAUUGCUGCAAUUCACCAGAAGCACAUUCACCGAUUCAAUCCCCUAGGAUUGAUCAGACCCUAGACAGACAAAAGUCCACCCUUUCAAUCCACCUGGGUGAUUAUUCAAGCAGGAAAAGCCCAUCCCCUGUCUGAUGCCAAGACGGGCACAUUAACAUAUCCCUUACCUCAACUGUAUCUCUCAGCCCAUCCUGAAGAGGGCCCGGGACCCCUGGAAUUUUCCAACCACAUGGUUCCAACCCUAUUUAAGGAGGAUGCACCAGGCAUCUCUUCUCUCUAUCUACGGCCCUGACCCCAGGUCCAGGACCCCAAACCAGCCCAGCUUUCCAGCAGCUUGUGCCAAAUUCGGUCAUCAGCAUCUCAGGUCUUGGAAACACCGGCAUCGGCAUCUCAGGUCGUCAUUGGCAUCUCAGGUCUUGGAAACACCUCCACCUGAGAGACCAGAGAGCAGACCAAUAGUCUACAAUUGUGUAUAAUGUGGCUGCUUAGAAAUGGUUUUAUACAGUAAUUAAAGACUUGCUACCAAAGGACAUGAAUGCUGGGAGAGGCUUGGAAUCAUACACAACGCAUAUGGCCAAAUAGCUGGCGACAGUACAAAGGUGACCUUUCAAGGUGGGCAGAAAUGUGCAUGUAAAGAGUUUGAUAAAGUCCACCCUUUGUGAGAUCUGUGGCUCUGUGAGACUGCAAGUAGGGGUUCAUAACUGGACAAUGCAUUUAAAUAAAGAAAAGAUCAACAUUGUCCCCCACUGCCCACUUCUUGAACCUUGCUUUCGCUUGUCUUUUAGGCCAGGCCCAUGUCCAGGGUCUCUCAUAUUGUCCUAUGGCCAAAGCCCAGGAGAAUGUCAAUAACUGUAGUCCCUUUAUUCCUGUGGUGCUUCUCACUCUAUAUGAAAGCAAAGACACUUUGACCCCUCACAUGUACUCUUAUCUAAGAUGUGGCUCUCAAUGAGUGAGUGGGCAGAACCCAGAUGGUCAUUGCCCUUCAUAUACAUACACACAGACAGCUGCUUUCUCUCUGGGUUUUAUUUGUAAGAGUUGCAAGCAACACAUACGCUUCGGUAUCCACUUCUUCCCUUUGGACUCAGCUGUAAAAGACACUCAGCAAAACCACAUCAAGGAGAAGGGAGGUGCUGCAAUGUCCAGUCUUGCAUUCUUGUGCCUCCUCCUCCUCCCCACUGAAAUGGAUUCCAAAUCUGCCUCUGAAAAUGACACUGUGGUGGUCACAAGCAGUGGCCCUGUUAAAGGUAAACUUGUCCCAGCUGGAUCUGGCACCGUGACAGCCUACCUGGGCAUCCCCUAUGCAGAACCUCCCCUGGGGAAACUGCGAUUUCAGAAGCCCCUUCCACACCAGCCAUGGGACCAUGUCUUGGAGGCCACAGACUUUGGAAGUUCCUGUCACCAGAAGACUUAUUUUUCCUCACCUUAUUCAAACAUGUGGGUUGCCAGAACACCCCAUUCAGAGGACUGUCUCUUUCUCAACAUCUGGGUGCCCCACACACAGCCAUCCAUGCCAUCUCCGGUCCUUGUUUGGAUCCAUGGUGGAGGAUUUCUUGUUGGCACAGGUUCCAUGGACUUGUACAAUGGAGCAUUUUUAGCAGCUGCUGAAAAUGUCAUUGUGGCCUCCAUUAAUUACCGCUUGGGGGCUCUGGGAUUUCUUUACUUGCCACCGGAUGCCCCAGGAAAUGUGGGCUUGUGGGACCAAUGGCUGGCUCUAAAGUGGGUGAAGGAGAAUGCAGCUGCCUUUGGUGGGGACCCUGAUCAGUUGACUCUCCUUGGCCACAGUGCUGGAGCAGCCUCGGUGGGUUUCCACCUCCUCUCACCAGCCAGCCAACCCCUUUUUGCUCGGGCUGUGCUUCAGAGUGGAGCUCCCAAUGCCCCCUGGGCUUGGAGGCAUCCUGAGGAUGCCAAGCGAACAGCCAUAUACUUUGGCCAUCUGCUGGGCUGCACUGCACAAAAUGGCAGUAAUGUGGUGAGCUGCUUUCAGGGAAAGAAUAUUUCAGGACACUUGCUUUCUUUUUUGGAAAUUGUCUUUUCACCCACCACAGACGGGGACUUCCUCUCUGAUGAGCCACAGAAAAUUCUACAGACUGGGCUCAUUCAGUCUAAACCGCUUCUCAUUGGUGUGACAGGUGACGAUGGGUCUGUCUUUGUGGCACCUCAUCUUCCUGGCGGCAUAAAGAACGAUGGGCUACUGACCUGGGAGCAGCUCCUGAAUGGGGUGAAAUGGUUACUGCGGAAAAAGUUUGAGGAAGAGGUUGCCAAAGGCAUAGCACUGCAGUACAAUGAGGGUCAUGGGUCAGAACGCUACCGUUGGACCUUGGCUCAGUUUGCUAAAGACUACUAUUUUGUGUGCCCAAUGGCUGAAGUUGCUGCAGCAAUGGUAGCAGUUGGCAGUCCUGUGUAUGUUUACUCCUUCAACCAUCACAUCUCCGGCUCCAUUUGGCAUGAGUGGAUGGGGGCAGCCCAUGGAGCGGAGGUGCCUUACCUGUUUGGAACUCUGGCAUCACUGCUGAGAACGAACCAAACAUACACAGAGGCUGAUGCUGCACUGAGCAGCCAGAUGAUGCAAUACUGGGCAGAGUUUGCCAGAAGUGGGCAUCCAACUGGAUCCAAGCCCAAUGAGGUACAGUGGCCACUCUACAAUGCCACAGAGCAGCACUUCUUCCGCAUCAGCACUGAAGCGCCCCAGGUCAUGCAAGUAUCACCUGCCCAGCACUGCGGUUUCCUGACAGAGCAUUUCUUGAAUGCAACAUGCAAAAGUCUAUCCCACAGAGACGAUGCUUCACUGUGCCAAGUUAACAGUGGGAAGAAUGGGACCAGAACUUAAUAGAGGGAUUUCUCAUGCAGGGACAAUGGUUUGAAGUCACCUGAUGCAGUUCUGUCUUGGAAGCUAAGAUCAUCUAUGCCCUGAUCAUUGAAGCUCAUUAGACAAAAGGUGGAAUGAGCUUUUAAAAAUAUGCUUCUGGGUUUUAUGAGAGGAAAAACUGACAAGAUGAGUUUAGGUUACAACCAUGCCAGUGUGUUGCUCAGGCGGCAACCACACUAACCCUUUUUUUCAUAGAAUGUCAUACUACUUUGAAUGCAAAUAUUACCUAAUGUUGUUAGCCCUGCAUCACUUGUCCUAUCUUAGCUGCCCUCACAGGAAAAAAAGGAUGACAGGAAACUCCCCCCCCCCACCGCCGCCCAGUGCACACCCCUACUAUGGAGUGUUCCUGGGUUGCUCUCCUGAAGUUUUCUUCCCCCCAAAGAUCCAGCCUCUGUGAGUCCCUGUGGGCUAAAACAAAUGCAACACAUUUUUCUUUCUUUCUCUUUCCUUUACACCUUAUAGGACUGUCAGUCAGUCAGUCAAGUUUAUUUACGGUCAAAGACCAGAAAUCAAAACAUAUAUAAAAAUAAGAAUCAAUAGUGCUUACAGUAGCUUGGUAUAAUGUCUCAGUGUAACGAAUAGUACUGUAAUACUUAUAGCAACCUUAUAGCUAAACAGGUGUUCUGCGGACAGCAGAAACCAGAAACAAAGCCACACAGGAUGCAUUUUCUUCUGAAAAAAUUUAAUGGAGUAUGCUCACUUCAAAAUAAAAGGAUAAUUAAGUAAAAUAUGUCACAGACUUUGAGCAAAGAUUGAAAUAAGAGGUGAAUUUCCCCUCCUCUCUCCAUAUACUUUUAAUACUUCAUGGACUUUACAAAGAGUAGGUUUCUUUACCUUGCAGAAAAUUCUCUCUCUCUCUCUUUUUAUGUCAAGUAUUAAGAAGUUAGGAAUGCCUGGUAAGCAGCCAGCAUCCCUCUGUCCUUCUCCUGUGCGUCUGUGACGGCUCUGAAAUUCCCAGGAUCCCCCUUUCUCUUCCUGUUUGACUCCAACUAUUUCCCUCUGGAAGAUUCUAGCAGGUUCUUUGCUUUUUGAAAAAUAUCUAACAGUCCCAGGCUCAAUCUCUGGCAUCUUCAGGUAGGGCUGGAACCCAAGUUCUGUCUGAAACUUUGGAGAGCAACUGCCAGUCACUGUAGAGAACCCUGAGCUAAAUGGACCAACAGUCUGACUCAGUAUGAGGCAGCUUCCUAUGUUUCUGUGUAACAUGUCUCCAAUCAGGUCCCACCUGGGAAUGAAAAUGGCCAAGAUAUUUACAUAGGAAGAGUUUUUCUGUCUCUGUGCUCCUGCUGAUAUUGUGUCACCUAAAUCUAAAUCUGUAUAAUCUUGUUGUAUAAACUAGCUAGAACCCAAGAACCUCAAGGUAAAAAUCUUUUGUUUAAUUAGAAAUGUCACUUGAAUCUAGGAGCUGAAUUUUCAUUUCACAGUGAAAGCCAAGAGACACAUGGUUUUCAACCAAGAGACAUAAUGUAUCAAUAUAUUAAAUAUUGUGAAUAGCUUG